GUUCGCUCGUAAUAUCUCCCAUCGACAAAAUGUAUCCGUAUUCGCUAAUUUAAAUAUGAUGACAUCCUUGUCGCGGCGCUAUCUCCGAUAAAGAUAUAGAUAAAGAGGGCACCGCCUAAUAAGUACAUCUGUUUUGAAAGUCCGGAACACAUAACGUUGUCAAAUCACACCGGAAAUAAGGCUUUUUUUACGUUUCGACCGUUUGACGGGGUGGGAUGUAUGUGGCCGGUGUUUCGCAUUUACGUCCAGAAUUUCGAAUAAAUACCUGCUAUAUGAUAUCAACAGCAGGAUGAAAAGAUGCGGCAU